AAGAUUUAUAACAAAUGUUGACAGAGGUUCUUUCCUUCUUUAUUGGGUCUCAUCAACUGUAUCAACACUUCUUUCUAUCAGACUGCUCUUCUCUAUGUGCUGGUCUUUCAGUCAUCCAACUUCUCAGCCAUAGGUAUGGAAUGGUGUUCCUAACCAGCAAAAUGUCUGAGCUCCUUUCCUAGAAGAUGGUGCUUUGCAGCUCCUGUUGCUAAAACUGCCGCCAGUUCUGGGAAGUGUUUUGCAAACAGAGCUCGAGUCAGAAGGCUGGUGUUCCGAUGGGCUGCGUACGCCGAGAAUUCCUUGGUGGUGUUUUUCUCUGGCCACAGAGCUGUCAUCUAAUUUACCAGCACCAGCUUUUAUGCAAAUACCCUUCCUGUGAUCUGACCUUGAACGUUGGGCUCAGGCUGUCAAAAGCUGAUGUUCUGCACCCACGUCUGGACAACUUCACAAUUGGAGCUGCAGCCUCACAACGAAAGCGCUGGGCCCCUGCUGCAUUUUUAUGUUUGUGCCACUUCUUGGUGCCACCAACGUCUUUAACCCAGCCUAAGAAUCCUGCUUGGCUUCAAGGUGCUUCCUAUAAUUUACCUGGUUGUUUGGAAAGACCUGUCAGCAUGGAAGAUCAUGGGCUCUCUUACAGUGAGGGAGAGCAGCAAAUAUCUCCUCAACCGCUUCUGGAAGAGGAAGAAGAAGAAGAUGCAGCUGGUCAGUUCAGUAACGUGGAAGGACCCCAGGAAGAAUACGAGCUGGAAGAAAAGUGGUUUGGUGAUGGCAAGAUGGGAACCAAGGACACUUCUGGAGAUGUUGGAGACCAGUCUGAUUCCAGCACGGAAAGCUUGGAGCACAGUUUGGGUGACAUUAGCAACACUCAGGCUCUGCUGGCUGAAGAGAGAAUUCACAUAGCAGCCGUACAGAGGAACAUAAAACUGCUUGAUGACAUGGUCAAGGAGAAGGCACAGGUGGUCCAAAAAACCAGACAAAAGCUGUGUGCCUGUCAGCUGCGGAUCAGGAUGCUGGCAAAGCAGCUGGAUCGUGUACACAUGGAAAUAGAGAGAGAGAAGGAGGCUGGCAAUGUCCCAGCCCUGUCCCGCCUGCAGGCCGUGAGCCACCGGCUGCACUCCGAGCUGGACAGGGAGAAGGAGCAGGAGCUGAUAAUUGAUUUGAAACUAGACCAAAACAAGCUGGAGAUGUGGGAGAUAGAAAUCGAGCAGGGAAAAUACCAAGUGAUCCGUGACAAACUUCAGGAAGACGAGGAGCAGCUCCAGAAGCAGUACCAGGAGCAGAGGGAAGAACGGAUUCGGCAGGAAAAGAGAACAGCCCUGCAAGCAGAAAAGAAGCGCCGCUCCCGGGAGCAAAAAGAGGAGAAAGCCCAGAAAGAACAUGAAGAAAGAAAGAAAAAAAUACUUGAAGAUGCCAAAAGGAACCACGAGAAAGCAGCCUGCUUCCUGAAGCAGAGCACAGCAAGAAUUCAUGACAAAAUCGCAAAGGAAGAAGAGAAAACUCGGGAGCAUAUGGAGAGAAGGAUACAAGCUGUGCUUUCCCUGAAAACCAGCAUCACUUCCAACAGGGAAAAGCUCCAAACCCUCCAGGUUUUAAACAAAGCGAAGGCCUUGGAGGCAAAGAAUGAGGAGAUGAAAAUGAGGGAAGCCAUCCUAGCAGAAGGAGGCAAUGUUGUCCAGGAAAUUUUCCUCCAUAAACGACAGCUAAAGCACGAAAAAGAGGAACAAGCUUUCAGAGAACUGCAGAAAUCAAGAAAAAUUGAGAUUGUAUCUCGAAUUCUGAAAGAAGAAGCUUCUUUUCACAAGCAGAAAGAAAGUCAGUCCCGUGUUAGGGCAACUAAGGCUCGGGGUAAAGUUGAGGACCCUUCAGUGCAGAGAAAGGAAGCCUGGCCCUGCAGGGAGGAGACCUGCACACCUGGUGCAGGGGGAGCCACAGCACAGGAGUCCUGGCUCUCUCCAUCACCUCCUUCCUUGGCUGGUGAGGGAACUCCUGAGGGAGGGAGUCCUGAGGACACAGCCCAGGAUGUGCUCUGGGAAAGUGGGGAUGAGGAGAAAGAGAAGGAAAAGACCCUCUUAGAACCAGAGUUCCCGGGACUUUGGGGCCAAGAAUAUGACUUGCACAAGAUACCCAAGGAAGAGGUGGAUCCAACACAGCUGGCUAUCAGGGCACUGAAAAAAGAGGUGUCUGAGAAAAAAAUGGAGGAAUUCCAAAGUGGAAGUUUGGCCAAGCAAACAGUGCCUGGUCGUGAACACAAGGGCUGUGCUUUCCACAGCAAGCCCAGCUGCAUUCAUUUCAAGGAUUUUGAUGUUGGUCAAACCUACAAAAAGAAGAUAAUUUUGACCAAUGCCUCCUACAGUGUUAAUUACUGCAGGCUGGUGGGGAUCAGUGAGCGCCUCAAGGACUUCAUCAGUGUUCAUUUUGACCCACCUGGCAAAAUGUCUUCUGGAAUGUCCUGUGAAUUCGUGGUAACCUUUAAGCCAAUGAUAAAUGAAAAUCUGGCAGGAGAAGUCAUGUUUGUGGCACAGACAGGUUCCUUUUCUGUCCCACUGCAAUGUACAGUCAAGAGCUGCGUGCUGGCUCUGGAUAAAGAGCUCAUUGACUUCGGCAGCCACGUGUUGGGAGAGACAAUUUCCCGGACCAUCAGCCUGACAAACAGCGGAGCUCUGGGAACGGGAUUCAAAGUUCAGACAUCAGCAGGUGACAGAGCGACAGGAAAACCUGCCCCUGGAAGGAUGGUCCCUCGACAUUCCAGUGGCUGUGACCCUGAAGAGGAGGGGAGCAGCAGUCCUGGGACAGCUGGGCUGGGGAAGCAGGUCCGGAUUUGUGCUGAGCCCAGUGAGGAGGUGACCCCCUGUGCAGCCCAGGAGCCACAGGGACCUCCGAGCAGCAGUGCCACGGAACAACUUGAUCAAGAAUUGUUGAGUAUGAGAUCAGACCUGGACACAGAUAACACACGGGAUUCAGUGGAACUUUCUCCUGAAGAAACACCAGUUGAAAUUAUGCUUGGAAAGGUCACUGAGGGGGAGGUUGGACCCUUCAGCUCAGUGAAAAUCCCGGUGCUGUUUGUCCCAGCUGUCCCUGGGGACGUGAGGGCAGAGUUUGUGAUCGUGUUUGACAACCCAGACUGCAAACCACUGUGCUUCAGUGCCGUGGGGGUGUCCGUGGAUGUGCCCCUCUGGGUGCCCAACCCCAAUGUGGACCUCAAGAUCUGCCUGUACGACCGCCUGUACCAGGACUGUGUGACCCUGCGGAGCAGAGCAACCACCACGCUGCGUUUCAAGUUUGAAGUGUGCAAAGAACUGAGCAAGCACCUGGAGCUGCUCCCAAGGACAGGCUACAUCCAGGCUCAGUCAGCCUUCAGUGCACAGCUCAAGUUCCUGCCCAGGCAGUCUCUUCCUGAAGAUGCAGGGAACUAUUUCGAUGCAGAGACAAGAAUCCUGGAGGUCCCAGUGACAAUAGUGAUCGUGGACAAGGCUAGAACAGUCAAUUUUACUGUCCAUGCCAUUGUCUCUACUUCUGAUCUGGAAAUCAGCCCAGCAGAGAUCAACUUUGGGCACUGCACCAUCUAUGAAGCUGUGCAGGCCAGUGUCACGGUGACAAACAAAUGCAUCUUGCCACAGGAGUUUGGAUUUGUGGGGCUGCCAGAGUUUGUUGAAGUUCAACCCAACGAUGGAUUUGGAGUUAUUCUUCCCCUGGAGAGCCUGACAUUGGACAUAAUCUUUAAAGCUACCAAGGCAAAAGAGUACAGCUUUGACCUCACCUGCACCACAGAGAUUAACAGACAAUUCAAGCUGUCAUGCAAAGCAGUUAGAGUCCACCCACCUCUUGAAUUGUCUCAUUCCUUGGUUCAGUUUGCUGCAACAGCUCUGAACUCUGUGUCUGAAGCCACCCUGGACGUGCUGAAUCCCCACGUGAGUGGGAACAGCCUCAUCCACGCUGUCCCUCGGAUUGGAAAUGGGGAACCUGCCCCAGUUGGACCCACUUCCUUUGAAUUCCAUGUGCCAGAGGAUUGUCCCGUGACAAUUACACCUUCUGUGGGAACUGUGCUGCCUGGGCAGAAAAGCUCCAUCCGAGUGUCCUUCAGCCCCACACUGCCGGAGCAGCUCGUCAGGGAGGAGGCAGCUCGCAGGCUGAGCAGAGCAGCUGUGCCAGAGGCAGGAAUUCAAAUUCCCAGUGGUGACCCUCAGGGUCUGAUGGACAAAGAGAAGAAAAAUGAAAAGAGAGAGGGAAAGAAAUUGAGCAUUUCUAUCCCCAAAGAGCCUGGGAAUAAUGGAGGCAGGAAGAGCCUGACUGGAGAGCCAAAACCUGAAGAGUUAAAGCCUGAUUCUGAUGCUUACAGGGCAGCCCAGGCCUCCCUGAUGAGGAGUUUCAGUGGGAGUUUUAAGAAAUACAUCAUUCCCUGCUUUGUUGCAAGUGGACAGGCUGCUGGAGAGAAGGGCUCUGGACCCCUGAGCUGCAGCCCUUACAACACGUUGUACCUGGAGCUGCACUGUCCAGCCGUGGCCCCUCCUGUUCUGGUCACUUCAGACAGCGGGGACAACAUGGUCGAGUUUGGAGAUGUUUCUGUAGGCCACAGGACCAUGAAGCGAGUUACCCUGCAGAACAUCUCCCCAGGGAGGGUGAGGCUGGGAUUCUCAGCUCUGAAUCCCAACGGCCCCUUCCUGUUGGUGAGAGCAGUUGGAAUGCUUGAGCCAGGUGAAAGUAAAGCCCUGGUCAUCUCCUUUUGUCCAGAUGAGGAUAAAUGGUUCUGUGAGACCCUGGACAUCAGGGUGGCCAAUUCCACCCUCAGCCUGCGCCUGUCUGGGCACGGGGUGGUGCCAGGCACUGUCUGCUCUGUGGAAGGAGUGCUGGACAUGGGAUAUGUCAUGGCUGGGGAACAGGUGACUUCCACAGUCCAGGUCCAGAACACCUCCAGCCUGGCCCUGCCCUUCUGCACCCAGCUGGACUCGCUGUCACCCACCUGGGACAGGGACCGGCAGAACAUCCCGGCCUUCCUCAGCUCCUCUGGGCAGAGAACAGAGUUUGUUGGAACACAGAACUACAGUGGCUUAAGUGUGUUCAGUGUCUUUCCAACAGAGGGGGAAAUCGAGGCUGGGAAGAGCCAGGAGUUUGUUGUUACCUUCAGCCCUGACCAUGAGAGUCUGUACUACUCCGACCGCCUGCGGGUCGUGCUCUUUGGCAAGGGUUUGUGUCUCCAGAGACCUUGGGGAUUGUCACUGGGAAUGCAAACCCGAGCCAGCUGAAGUUGGAGACUGGUCCUGGCUCACGAACCUCAGCCAGCAAACAGCCCACGAGAUCCCCCUGCGGGGAGCAGCGCGGGAACACCCCAUGUUUGUGGAGGGGGGACUUCCCCUGGACGUGCCCGUGGAGUCCUUGGCUGUAACACCAUCUGUG